AUGCUGCAAAGGAACCUACCGAAUCUCUCCCUCCAGAUAAGCCCGCCAGCCGCCUCGUCGGCCGCUGCAUCUGACGCGCCUGCGGUGGCGAAGGCUCCGCCGACAGAACCAAUUAGCACGGCGACGUACGCUGAAGGAAGCGGCGAGGUAGGGUUCUUUGCAAACCCUAGCCCCGGCGCGGAGCCCCCGGGCCUCAGCCUGGGGCUCGCCACGCCGGCGCGUUGCGACGACGCUGCCGGACGGCAAGGCCACCACCUCCAGCCGCAGGGGUGCGCGUUCAAGCGCGCGGCCGCCAGGGAUUCCCUGCCCGCCGGAUCGAAGCGAAGCGCCCGGGCGCCGCGGAUGCGCUGGACCACCGCGCUCCACGCGCGCUUCGUGCACGCCGUCGAGCUCCUCGGCGGCCAUGAGAGAGCGACGCCGAAGUCGGUGCUGGAGCUGAUGAACGUCAAGGAUCUAACGCUCGCGCAUGUCAAGAGCCACCUUCAGAUGUACAGGACAGUAAAGAGCACAGACAGAUCGUUGCACAUAGCUACAGAGGACUACGGCGACAGGGAAGGAGGCGGCGGCGGCAGAAGCAGCAGGAGGUGGGGUGGUAGUGGUUGGGAUCUGCAGCUCUCCAUCGGCGGGCUCUGCGCCGCCUGCUACGGCGACUACUUCCGCUGCUCACUUCCUCUGUGCGCCAGCAGCAACAGCUCCACUGGCGGCAGCACCGUCACCUCCUCCACCCAUUCCCCCGAGUCGCCUCUGCUGCUGGCUGACCAAAAGAUAACAUUGAUUUGA